ACGAGGAACCGCUAAUUUAUAGUUCAAUGGACUUUGAGAACGCUGAAUCGAAGAAACGCGGCGAUGAGGCUAAAGAGAACCCCGAAGAUGAAAGUGGUAGAAAAUGUGGUAGAAAAGAAGUUAACGAAUGAGAACAUGGAAACCAGCACCAAGAUUGAAAGAGACACCUCGACAGCAUCGACCAAUUUGCAGUUACCAAAAAGUAGUACGUUUGAUCAAAAACAUCAGACUGACCCAGUGCUGCGGGAGGAAGAACCAAUAACAGGAAAGGAUCAACUGGAGGACGAGAUAAUUCUGCUCAAUAAACGACAAUCGUGGAAGAAACAGAACGAGGAACAAUUGGAGGAGGUCGCAUUCGGGGAGGACAUGAGGAAGGGAUUGGUGGAGAAGGAGCUUUUCGAAAAAUUGACUGAAAUCGAUAAGAAGAAAAAUUCAGCAGAGAAUGCAAGAACCAAAAGGAAAGAUGAUGAAAAUAAUCGAAAUAGUAAUUACAAUUUAUCAGACGAGGACAAACUGAGGAUGCUCGAAGAGAAGAUAAACGUUUAUUCAGAUAACAGAUGA